UUCACUUUAAUGGCAGCGAAAGCACUGAGUAUUGGCAGUUGGCAGCGUAUUUCUUACAUUUAAACCCCCAAUUCUGCAAUAACUCUCAGUCUUAUCUCCACUUGAUUUGAUCCGUUCUUUUGUUUCUCACCAAAUCAUCAUCAAUCCCGCAAUUGUUCGAUUCACCCAAUCCGCGCAAGUGUUCAGUUUGAAGAAUUUCAGCAUCUGAUUUAUUCUUCACGACGAAAUUAGCUCUUGGAAUUACGUCGUGCAGGCCGAAAUGGGUAGCCGGGGAUCGAAUCACCGGCUAUCGUCGGCGCAGAGUUUUGGGAAUCGGAUUUCGCUUCUGAUGCUGUCCAUGUUUGCUACCAUGGCUUCAUUAUAUGUGGCGGGAAGAUUGUGGCAGGAUGCGGCUAAUAGGGCGAAUUUGAUUAGCGAGCUUGAUAUGAGAACCGGACAGGGCAAGUCUUCUGUUUCUGUAGAUGACACUUUGAAAAUCAUUAAUUGCAGAGAGCGUCACAAGAUUUUAGAUGCACUUAAUAUGGAUUUGGAAAAGGCAAGGCAGGAAGGAUUUGUGUCUAAGCGCGUGUCUGGAAAUGGUGGAACUUCAAAGCGAAAACUGUUAGCUGCCAUAGGGAUAAUUACAAUGUUUGGACGCAAGAACAACAGAAAUGCAAUUCGCAAGGCCUGGAUGCCUACUGGUGCUGCUCUCAAGGAACUGGAGGAAGAAAAAGGCCUUGUCAUUCGAUUUGUAAUUGGGAGAAGUGCAAAUCGUGGCGACAAUUCAGAUAGGGAUAUUGACAGUGAAAACGCGCAGUCAAAUGACAUCAUAAUUCUUGAAAAUCAUAUAGAGAGACCGGAAGAGCGAGCAAACAAAACAAAAUUGUUCCUCAUCCAUGCUGUCGAUCACUGGGAAGCUGAGUUCUAUAUCAAGAUCAAUGAUGAUGUUUAUGUUAACAUUGAUGCUCUAGGAGCUGUGCUUGCAAGUCAUUUGGAUAAGCCUCGCGUGUACAUUGGAUGUAUGAAGUCAGGAGAAGUUUUCUCUGACCUCAAACAUAAAUGGUAUGAGCCUGAAUGGUGGAAAUUCGGCGAUGGGAAAUCAUACUUUCGGCAUGCCUCGGGUGAGAUUUUUGCCAUAUCACAUGCAUUGGCCCAGUUUGUCUCGAUAAAUAGAUUCGCCCUCCGAACAUAUGCCCAUGAUGAUGUCAGCGUUGGAUCUUGGUUCAUCGGGCUCAACGUGGAGCAUGUUGAUGAUGAAAAGUUUUGCUGCUCAUCCUCUUCAGGAGCUGUUUGUGCAUCGGCAUGACCAUUUUCCGUAAAAAUGGAGAUUCUUAGACAGAAACACGGCACGAACCUCUGUUGCAAUUUUUUGGCCGAAUAGUUUACAUGACGGGGACAUGGCAGAUGAUCAUCGGCAGAUCCUAUCGAGCCAUGGUUCCAAGAAGUUGUGUUCACGGGCAAUGUGAAGCUGUCCAGGUUUUAUACAACCAUUCAAAUUAUUUGCAAGUAGAGAAUUAUAGAUAUAGCAUCACUCUCAUUCACAUAUUUUUUGGUUUUUUAGUUAGAGAGAGAGGGAAUGUUGGGAGAGAUUGAAGAACAGAGGUUCAUUUAUGAGGUUUUUUACAAGAGGGAAUUCACAUUUGUUGCGUUGUGUAUUAUAUCUGUGUUUUGUUCUAUUCUUACCUUUACCUAAGCAAAGGGUGUGAUUUUUAGUUUUCCUAA